AACAUGCAAGUCAAGGCAUUGAUACUGAUACUGAUCUCUCUGGGAUUAUUGGCAUUUGUCCAGGCGACGGAUGAGAAGCUACCGGCGACGGAAGUGAAGCGAUGCUCCGGAAGUAAACCCUUUCCGUUGGAGGUCCGCGUAGCAGGUUGCCUCACUCCGCCUUGUAACAUUGUCAAGGGAUCGACACAAAUCUUUGAGAUCGAUUUCGCUGUGGACAAGUAUAUAACCGAGAUGACGACUCUGGUGAAAGCCACCACUCUGGGUAUCAUCACGGUGCCCUAUGAGCUGCCCGCAGAUGUGGCUGCCGUGUGUCCGAAUCUCAUGUUUGGCGCAUAUUGCCCCCUGUAUCCCACCGAGGAUGUGACCUACUUGUUCUCCUUUCCCAUCGGCGAGUAUCCAGAGAUUGGUGUGAAGAUUGAGAUCUAUCUGGUGGACCAGGAUAAGCAGAUAGCCACAUGCUUUGUGUGCGAUAUAAAGGUGGUCAAGGGCAAUGGCGGCAACACGUUCUAUCAGCUGGACUAUCUCAACCGAGAGUAGGGUCAAAUUAGAGCGGAACUCAAUCAUUAAUUGGUCUAAAUUACUGUGAUAUAUGCAAGUCCCUUCCUUCUAUAUAUAUUUCCUUAUAUUUUUUUUCAAAAACAAAACAUCUUUCGCUGAGCUCACCCCCUAAAUGAUGCCUCAUGCAUAUUUAAUAAAAUUUUAAAAGCCUCAGACCCACUCAUGUAUGUGGGGGAGGUUUCCUUAAAAGUAUUCAA